AAGAUAUGGAACUAUUUCUGGAGAGAAAAAAAAAGAAAAAUAUGAAGCGAUUUGUCACUGCUAUGAUUCAGUUUAAUGCACAUUAUAAAUAGACUAAUCAUCACCUACAAAGCCAAUGGUUUAUAAAUAAUGCAUCAAUCAUAAUGAUUUGUUUUUCUAUGCAAACUAUCGGACACAGCAGUUACGAUAUGAAUAAAUACCGAUCUCCCACAAUGGAAUCACGUCUAAAAGAUAAAUCAACAUCACUUUAUCGUCAUGAACAGCAGACUCAGGGUCAUUUUUAAAUAGAAUAAUCUCACUGCGGACAACGUAGUUGCCAUCGCGCAAGCACGGAGUACAGUCGGAGGGAAUUUAUAAGUGCAAUGGAGCUGAUGUGCAUUGUAACAACGGCUCUCAUAGCUGUCAUUUUUGCGUUACUCUAUCGUUAUUUGACCGCCAAUUAUGGGUAUUGGCAGGAAAGACGAAUACUGGUUCCUUCAGGAAUUGUCCCGGGUUUUGGGCACAUGUUGCCGACGUUUACCAUGAAGAAAAGUGUAGCUGAAAUGAUGGAGGACAUUCACAAGGCUUUUCCCAAAAGCAGCAUGGUUGGCAUAUACAUGUUGAGAAAGCCAGUACUUGUAGUAAGAGAUGCGGAAUUGGUGAAGACUGUACUACAAACUGAGUUCAACAACUUUCGGCAUCAUCAGACAUUGGACAAUAUCAUAGAUCCAUUGAUGGACCAGAAUCCUUUCUUCUUAAACGAUCAGAAGUGGAAGGACGCGCGGAGUGUACUUCUGUCUACAAUGACAUCUAAGAAACUGAAAACACUUAGUCUAGUGCUUCGUGAUGGUUGCUCGAAAUUCGUGAAGUAUUUGAAUAAUCAGUUAGAAGGGAAGCAAAGUAUUGAUGUGGAAGGUAAACCUCUCUUCAAAAGAGUAACUGUUGAGGUUUCGGCAAAUGCAGUUUUGAGCGUUGAGGAGGGUAUGUUCAACGAUGACUCUCCGAAGAUCUUCAAGAGCAUGAUGGAGACAAUUUUUGUUCCCUCGACUUUGCAAACGCUUAAGGGGAUUGCAUUCUUCUUCUUUCCAAUGUUGAAUACUUUCUUUGGAACGAGUUUCGUCCCGCAGUGGGUGAGUAAACGAUUUACGAAAAUCGUGAAUAAUUUGAUAGAUGAAAGAGAGAAUGGGAUGACAAAGAGGGAAGAUGUUCUCCAACAUUUGACUGAGUAUUGUGCCGGGAAGAACCUGUCCCGGUCUUCUGUGAUUUCAAAUGUAUUUUCGUUCUUUUUGGAAAGUUAUGAGACAUCGACAUUGACAAUGAGUUUCCUUGCAUGUGAUCUGGCGAAGUAUCCCGAAGUCCAGAGUAAAGUGAGAAAGGAGAUCGAGACAGUGGCCAGUAGGUUUGGAGGUGAAGUUUCGUAUGAAGCUAUCAGUGAGAUGACAUAUUUGGAUCAGGUAAUCUCUGAAUCCACGAGACUUCACCCUAUUGCGGGGGCGCUGAGAAAGUUUUGUAGUGAAGAGACUGAACUCGUCGGCUCGGAUGGUCUUCGACACAAGAUGAAACCGGGAGAUGAGGUUAUGUUGUCGAUCUAUGGUCUCCAUAAGGAUCCGGAUUACUGGGACAGACCUGAUGAAUUCCGACCAGAGCGCUUUGAUAAAGAAUCUCAGGAAUGCAAACAGAGACAUAAUUACGUCUUUCUUCCAUUUUCAGAAGGACCAAGGCAGUGCCCUGGUAUGAGAAUGGCCAUGCUUGUUGUCAAAAUGGUUUUUGUAAAUAUAUUGAGAAAUUUUGUCAUCGAAAAAUCCCCUAAACUGCGAGAGCCCAUCGUGUUGGAUCCUAUGAGUUUGAUGCCCUACAUCAAAGGUGGAGCUUGGAUUCGAUUGCGGCGUCUUCAUUGAUUAUCAAUGAUUGUCUUCGACUGAUUGAUAAAUGCGGAUGUAAUGUUUAUAUUUUUAAUCUUUUAAGGGUCUCCUGCUAUGAUAAUUCAGAAAUGAUAGUGAAUGUAUUGAAACAGUUAUUACUAACUCAAAUAACCCCCUGUUGUUUGGAAUAAAGGCACUUAGACACGAGAA